AUGUCUUCAUGCACAGUGUUUGCCGUCGAGAGUGCGCUUGACGCGCUGCAGAGUUUAGCGGAUCCCGAUCUGCGCGAUUACUGGGAAACCGUGCUGCCGUCUGACACGAACUGUUACACACGCUGCCGGCAAUACGUCAGCGAGGCGGCGGAAGCACCGCCGCCGCCCCCCGGCGCGUUUUCGGGCGCCUCUCCAUCGGCGUCGACACGCGCCUGGUGGUCAGAGCUCCGCCCCAGGGCCUCGGUCUACACAGCAGGCACCUUCUGCAAAAAGGGAUGCGACGGCCUCGACGCAGAGGACGUCGCGUCUUGCCACGAGAACUGCAAGGUGCUGUGCUUCAAGAACGAUAUCAUUGAGGCAAAGGACUCGUGGGCGAACAUCUCCCUCUUGGAUCGAUCGCCGGCAGAUCCGGAAGCCAGCAGAAUGUGCGAGGAAGCGUGCAGGUUCGGUUGCAGCGUUCGCGAAGAACUUGGCGUGUUUUCGGCGGGGGCAAGCUCCAGCCAUCCAUUAGGGCCUGACCCCAAGGCGAAGGACGGCGGGCAGUCUUAG